AUGGCUUCUGUGAGCCUGGUCUCCAGUCCCCCAACCCCCGUUGUUGUUCUUGACAAAAACAUGACAGACUCUGAGCUUGCAGAGGAGGAAAGGUCGAGUAACAUUCUUAUCUGUCUGGAAUUCUAUCUUCUUUACCCACUCAUCUGUGCGUCUCAACAACAUGCUUGUGUUACUGUUGUGUUAUGAGCCGAAUUUGUAUUCGAAUGACUCAGACAACGCUUCGUUGUUGAAGUCGGGCCUUUUCACAUAAUAUGAUUAUUUUAUGCAUGCGUUAAAGCGAGGUACUAGUAACAUUGUCCCGCUGUCCAAAACAGAAUUCCCAUCACGAAACACCCAUUUGGAAGCAUAGCGACUUCGCAUCAAUGUACCACUGUAUCAUUGACUGAGGAUAUGGGAUGGGUUUGGUUAGUUAUCAUGGUCAUAUCAUAUUGUUGCAUUCUGUAGGGGGUUAUGUAAAUGUAGAUGAUGUAAUAACCUUAGCCCCGCCCCAUUCAUGAUGCGCUUCUUUACCACCCCCUAUCGAACACCACACAAAUUGCUUAGAGGAUUGGGAAUGAGAAUCUUCCUCUGCUGUGCUGUGCUGUAAUGCCAGUGUUGAAUGACUGUCUCUGUCAGUUGAUGAUGUCGACAACUCCCACACCCUCUCACCAUCAUUAGAAGCCCUUUUAAUUUGAUCUAUUGGCCAGUGUUAUUAGAUGUUUAGCUUGCACAACUGGGAAAAGAAGGAUGCUUUUAAUGCAACAUUAGUUUGACGUUUGUGGGAACUACAUUCUAUAUGAUAUAUAAAAAGAAAUGGGCAAUUCUGACCUAAAAAAAGUUUGACUUGAUUUCAGUAGAAAUGCCCAAACCGGAAUAGUAACCAAAUCAGUACAGGUAGUUAAUUGGCAUAUUUAGGACCCCGGUUGAAAAAUAUGGGUGAUGCAUUUGGUAUGGAGUGACCUGUGUGAUUUUCUGGUUUCACAUCAACAAGUAACAUAAUUAUUGGUGGAGAUAUGCAUGAAUAAGCAUGAUAUUUAUCAAUAGGAAUGUAUGUGUUGUUUAUUUCCAUUGCCAGUGUUUCCCAUCUUUUGAAAUGCAUCCACUUUAUACUAUGGCCCACUCAAAAAUUAGCAUGUCGACACAUACACCCACCAACCCCACAAAACUUCCCUGCAGCACCAUCACCAACCAAUCUGAACUCUAAGGUCAUUACAUGAACAUGUAGCAGUUCAUAUAUUUUCACCUUCCCCCAUUGCAAAACAUCCAGCAUGCACAUCUUCCACAAAGAAAGCUAUUACAUGCCCCAACCAGCCCAUUCAUAUCCCAAAUCUAUUCCUUUAUCAGCACAAGCUGUUUGAUAUUAAAUUGCAGCUUAGUACAUGUUAAUUACAUAGACCCCUGGUUACACUAAUGUCCCUUUACCCCAGAGAAUACAUUUAAGGCCUGAGUUACAGUACAUGAACUGUGUGCAUUAUCACAUUUUGCCUGAACACAUCAAGUCUGCGCUGUCAAACUCACCCCACCUCUUUUGUUUACCAGAAUGUUAAAAUCACAUUUGUUUCCCUGAAUGUUAAAAUCACAACAUUUGUUUACCUACAUGUUAAAAUCACAACAUUUGUUUACCUGAAUGUUAAAAUCACAACAUUUGUUUACCUACAUGUCAAAAUCACAACAUUUGUUUACCUGAAUGUCAAAAUCACAUUUGUUUACCUGAAUGUUAAAAUCACAACAUUUGUUUACCUACAUGUCAAAAUCACAACAUUUGUUUACCUGAAUGUUAAAAUCACAAAUGAUUUAUAUGUAUAUCUGGCCCAUAGCAUAGGGUGCUAGAGGGUUGAUGGGAUUCUCACAAAAAAUACAAAAGUGGAUAUUUCUAGUGGUUUAAUGACAAAAACAGUUGUUUCUAAUUCCGUAAAACAUUGAAGUUCAUUCAAGCAAUGUCUUCUUAAAUGUCUUUAAAAUGUAAUUUCAAUUUGAUAGAAAAGUUGAUUUUGACACAGCAGUUUAUUGAGAUUGGAAAUGGCCUAUUUGGUUUCCUCGAAACCUGUCCACUUUUUGAUUCUCAAAAUUGAUAAUGACAUGUUAUGUUGUUCUUUUUAAAGAGAGGAUGGUGAAUUGGAAGAUGGAGAAAUAGAUGAUGAAGGGAUUGGGAUUGAAGAGGAGAGCAAAGAAGAAGUCAAAGAAGUGAACGAGGAAAAGGAAGAGAAAGGAAAGGAAAAAGAGAAAGAAAAGGAAAAAGAAAUUGAGAAAGAAGACAAGACACACAGGCACUCCAGAAAAAGAUACAAAAAAACAAGAGAGAAGAGGAGGUCAAAGAGGAGGAGACGCGACAGUCGGAAAGUAAGACCAGAAUCAGGAAAUCCUUUAAGUACAGUCCUCCAUAAAAUACAAUCAGAAAUAUGAUCGGUCUGCAAAAUCCUACAACUCUGCAUGUGAAAAACUGCUUUUGUAGACCUUCAGGUUUUGAUUUUACUUAAUUGACCUUUAGACCUACAUAUCGAUUUAUUUAGAUGUCAUAUAUUCUACUUCCUUUGUUUUUCUCUAUGGACCCGAGUAGCACUCAAACAUUUGUUUACGUCAUUCAUUGAUUUCAAUGGGAGACUGAAAAUGUGAAUGAAUCGUGCAGACUCAAGUCAGAAUACCAUCCUAAGUAUCCACUCUCCUCUCUCCCAGCACCACUCCCCCUCCAGUAGCUCCAGUUCUGACAGCUAUGAGUCCUCCCCGGAAAGACCAGAGAGAGACCGGCCCAAGAACAAGAAGAACCAAGACAGGUCACACCGUGGUGGUGACUACGAUGGCCAGUCAGCUCAGGUAAAUAUUUCAUUGUUUGGUAACAUUUAUACGCAUUACAAUUCAUAAGCAUUUAGAACAUUUAUAAGAAUUUAUAAAGCUUAUAAGCAUUGAAAGGGGGAACUGUUGUGGGGAAAAACUCAUUCUGAUUGGCUAGGCUGGUUGGUCAUAUGAAAUCCAUAAAUUAGGGCCUAAUGAAUUUAUUUCAAUUGACUGAUUUCCUUCUAUGAACUGUAACUCAGUAAAAUCUUUGAAAUUGUUGCAUGUUGCGUUUAUAUUUUUGUUAAGUAUAUUACAAGUAUUUAUAUGCAUGUAAACUCAGCAAAAAAAGAAACGUCCCUUUUUCAGGACCCUGUCUUUCAAAGAUAAUUCGUUAAAAUCCAAAUAACUUCACAGAUCUUCAUUGUAAAGGGUUUAAACACUGUUUCCCAUGCUUGUUCAAUGAACCAUAAACAAUUCAUGAACAUGCACCUGUGGAACGGUCGUUAAGACACUAACAGCUUACAGACGGUAGGCAAUUAAGGUCACAGUUAUGAAAACUUAGGACACUAAAGAGGCCUUUCUACUGACUAAAAACACCAAAAGAAAGAUGCCCAGGGUCCCUGCUCAUCUGCGUGAACGUGCCUUAGGCAUGCUGCAAGGAGGCAUGAGGACUGCAGAUGUGGCCAGGGCAGUAAAUUGCAAUGUCUGUACUCUGAGACGCCUAAGACAGCGCUACAGGGAGACAGGACAGACAGGUGAUCGUCCUCGCAGUGGCAGACCACGUGUAACAACACCUGCACAGGAUCGGUACAUCUGAACAUCACACCUGCGGGACAGGUACAGGAUGGCAACAACAACUGCCCGAGUUACACCAGGAACACACAAUCCCUCCAUCAGUGCUCAGACUGUCUGCAAUAGGCUGAGAGAGGCUGGACUGAGGGCUUGUAGGCCUGUUGUAAGGCAAGUCCUCAGCAGACAUCACCGGCAACAACGUCGCCUAUGGGCACAAACCCACCGUCGCUGGACCAGACAGGACUGGCAAAAAGUGCUCUUCACUGACGAGUCGCGGUUUUGUCUCACCAGGGGUGAUGGUCUGUACUCUGGAGCGGGAUCGAUUUGGAGGUGGAGGGUCCGUCAUGGUCUGGGGUGGUGUGUCACAGCAUCAUCGGACUGAGCUUGUUGUCAUUGCAGGCAAUCUCAACGCUGUGCGUUACAGGGAAGACAUCCUCCUCCCUCAUGUGGUACCCUUCCUGCAGGCUCAUCCUGACAUGACCCUCCAGCAUGACAAUGCCACCAGCCAUACUGGUUGUUCUGUGCGUGAUUUCCUGCAAGACAGGAAUGUCAGUGUUCUGCCAUGGCCAGCAAAGAGCCCGGAUCUCAAUCCCAUUGAGCACGUCUGGGACCUGUUGGAUCGGAGGGUGAGGGCUAGGGCCAUUCCCCCCAGAUGCCUUGGUGGAAGAGUGGGGUAACAUCUCACAGAAAUAACUGGCAAAUCUGGUGCAGUCCAUGAGGAGGAGAUGCACUGCAGUACUUAAUGCAGCUGGUGGCCAACCAGAUACUGACCAUUACUUUUGAUUUUGACCCCCCCUUUGUUCAGGGACACAUUAUUCCAUUUCUGUUAGUCACAUGUCUGUGGAACUUGUUCAGUUUAUGUCUCAGUUGUUGAAUCUUGUUAUGUUCAUAGAAAUAUUUACACAUGUUAAGUUUGCUGAAAAUAAACACAGUUGACAGUGAGAGGACGUUUCUUUUUUUGCUGAGUUUCUAAGUAAGUAAGUAAGCCUUGUUCGAGCCAGAACGGCCCAUAGAGGCAGCUUGUGAUUUACAAGUACACCCCCUGGACAGGACACUAGUCUAUCGUAGGGCCUAUUGGCAUGCAUAAACAAGCAUUUAUAUCGGCUUCUUCAUGAAGGUUAAUAUAAAGUAAAACCCUGGUUUGUUUGAUCAGAAUGUACACAAACCAUACACAAUACUUUUUCAAUAACAAGAUUACCAUCUCUUCUGACUGACUCUCCCCCAGCAUGGGUGUGAUCCAUCAAGCGGUGGCCAUGGCAACCCACAGAGGUCAGAGAGGUCAGCAGGCCGACACAGGAGUGGUAGUGGUGACUAUGACAAGUACAGCGACUACAGCGAAGACAAGUAUGACUAUGAGGGAGAGGGGGAUGAUUAUGAUGAGGAGGAGAUGUGGCAGGGGAAAGACUCUAUAUCUCCUGGCCAAGGCCUGGGCAGGGGACGCGGUUCCAAGGACCAGAUGAAGAGAGGUGGCAUGAAGGGCAUGCAGAAACAACAACAGCAGCAGUGUAUGUAUAGACUGUGUGAAUUGUGUUGAUUUCAUGUUGAAGUGUCUUGUCGAAUGGUAUUCAAGUUUGUCUAGGUUAACAGUCUAGUGGCUAUAGUAGUGUAAAGUGUGUGUCCAUUUUUGAUUUUCAUAUCACAUCUGACAAAUGUGGUUUUUAUUUCAUUGCAGCUUACAUAAAUGUGUUACAAAGAUCUAUGUAUUAGAUCGUAUUGUUCUGACUUUUAAUGGUUGUGUUUUUCAGUUGGUGGUCAGCGGGGGCGGGGCAGAGGAGGUGGAGUGGGAGGAAGGGGGAGGGGUAACAUGCUCAACAAGAACAACAAGAAGCAGAUGCAGCAGAUGAAGGGCAACAAGAACUGGGGGCGUGGUCGGGGGCGAGGGGCCGAGCAGACCGGAGAGGGGAUGAAGCAGGUAAAGAACAAAGAUGGCUUAAAAUGCGAUUCAGGCACUUUCCCAAUAUGUCUUUCCUCAAUUCCUUGCAUCCACUCUCCUCGCCUCCUUUUCAAAAAGCAUUGGAAAAGCAGGUCAGAGGGGAAGGAUCUUCUCCUCCAAUGCAGUUUGAAAAGGUGAUGAGGAGAGAGAAUGAGAGUAAUCUAGGAAAUACUAAUUGAGAAAGAGCGCUAGAAUUGUUAGAAUGUACCUCAGUUGGUUUAGAGUUCAGACCAAUCCAUUUAGGCCCUUUGGUGACCUUGUCAAUAGGAAGGAAGUAAGGGCCCUCCUAGUGUUUUCUUUUUAUAGAAGAAAUGUUAGAGCAAAGAUAGUUUCUUCAUACACUGCUCAAAAAAAUAAAGGGAACACUUAAACAACACAUCCUAGAUCUGAAUGAAUGAAAUAAUCUUAUUAAAUACUUUUUUCUUUACAUAGUUGAAUGUGCUGACAACAAAAUCACACAAAAAUUAUCAAUGGAAAUCAAAUGUAUCAACCCAUGGAGGUCUGGAUUUGGAGUCACCCUCAAAAUGAAAGUAUAAAACCACACUAUAGGCUGAUCCAACUUUGAUGUAAUGUCCUUAAAACAAGUCAAAAUGAGGCUCAGUAGUGUGUGUGGCCUCCACGUGCCUGUAUGACCUCCCUACGAUGCCUGGGCAUGCUCCUGAUGAGGUGGCGGAUGGUCUCCUGAGGGAUCUCCUCCCAGAUCUGGACUAAAGCAUCCGCCAACUCCUGGACAGUCUGUGGUGCAACGUGGCGUUGGUGGAUGGAGCGAGACAUGAUGUCCCAGAUGUGCUCAAUUGGAUUCAGGUCUGGGGAAUGGGCGAGCCAGUCCAUAGCAUCAAUGCCUUCCUCUUGCAGGAACUGCUGACACACUCCAGCCACAUGAGGUCUAGCAUUGUCUUGUAUUAGGAGGAACCCAGGGCCAACCGCACCAGCAUAUGGUCUCACAAGGGGUCUGAGGAUCUCAUCUCGGUACCUAAUGGCAGUCAGGCUACCUCUGGCGAGAACAUGGAGGGCUGUGCGGCCCCCCAAAGAAAUGCCACCCCACACCAUGACUGACCCACCGCCAAACCGGUCAUGCUGGAGGAUGUUGCAGGCAGCAGAACGUUCUCCAUGGCGUCUCCAGACUCUGUCACGUCUGUCACAUGUGCUCAGUGUGAACCUGCUUUCAUCUGUGAAGAGCACAGGGCGCCAGUGGCGAAUUUGCCAAUCUUGGUGUUCUCUGGCAAAUGCCAAACGUCCUGCACGGUGUUGGGCUGUAAGCACAACCCCCACCUGUGGACGUCGGGCCCUCAUACCACCCUCAUGGAGUCUAUUUCUGACUGUUUGAGCAGACACAUGCACAUUUGUGGCCUGCUGGAGGUCAUUUUGCAGGGCUCUGGCAGUGCUCCUCCUUGCACAAAGGCGGAGGUAGCGGUCCUGCUGCUGGGUUGUUGCCCUUCUACGGCCUCCUCCACGUCUCCUGAUGUACUGGCCUGUCUCCUGGUAGCGCCUCCAUGCUCUGAACACUACGCUGACAGACACAGCAAACCUUCUUGCCACAGCUCGCAUUGAUGUGCCAUCCUGGAUGAGCUGCACUACCUGAGCCACUUGUGUGGGUUGUAGACUCCGUCUCAUGCUACCACUAGAGUGAAAGCACCGCCAGCAUUCAAAAGUGACCAAAACAUCAGCCAGGAAGCAUAGGAACUGAGAAGUGGUCUGUGGUCACCACUUCUUUAUUGGGGGUGUCUUGCUAAUUGCCUAUAAUUUCCACCUGUUGUCUAUUCCAUUUGCACAACAGCAUGUGAAAUUUAUUGUCAAUCAGUGUUGCUUCCUAAGUGGACAGUUUGAUUUCACAGAAGUGUGAUUGACUUGGAGUUACAUUGUGUUGUUUAAGUGUUCCCUUUAUUUUUUUGAGCAGUGUAUAAAAAUCUAGUAUUGUUAGAAUCUACCGGUUAACUUCAGACCAGGAGAGAACGACUGCCCCCUCUCAUUGAGGAUUUCAAGUUGAAGGCCGACCGCGGUACUGCAGGCAUUGUUUCCAGAAAACAGGAUGCCCCAUUAUAGUAAAUGGCGAUCUUUGUGGUAAAUUGUGGAUCAAAAAUAUUGUUUUCAAACACAAUCAAGGUACCAAUAAAUGCUUCUAUUUCACCAUAUGUAUGUAUUUGAACCGAUUACUUUAAAAUCACACACAGACGAAGUUAAGGAUAAUUGAGUUGCUAAUGGAAGCCUGCAGUACCUCAGUCGGCCUUCAAGUUUAGAUACUCCAUGAGAGGGGGCAGCACUGAGCUAGCCUGUAACGUCAUUUCCUAGAGUAGCUGAAACUGCAAUGUUUCCAAAAACUCCUCCCUGUAGCAAGAUGGCGACAUGCUGUAAUGACACUUCCUGAUCAUCAAAUGUGCCACUGAGCAUUCUCAUAGGAAACAAUAGGGUGACGUCAUCGAUGGCUUCGUCCAUAUUUUUUACAGUCUAUGCUUCAGACCAAUGUUGUCCCUUUGGUUAUCUUAUUCAUAGGAGGGUGGUGGGAAGGGCCCUCCUGGUGGUUUUCAGAAGAAGCGUCCUAUUAUGACCAAGGAGUUCAUUAACCAACACACGGUGGAACACAACGGGAGAUACAUCUGUAAAUACUUCCUGGAGGGACGAUGUAUCAAGGUAAAUACUUCCUGGAGGGACUGCAUCAAGGUAAAUACUUCCUGGAGGGAUUGCAUCAAGGUAAAUACUUCCUGGAGGGAAUGUAUCAAGGUAAAUACUUCCUGGAGGGACUGCAUCAAGGUAAAUACUUCCUGGAGGGACUGCAUCAAGGUAAAUACUUCCUGGAGGGACUGCAUCAAGGUAAAUACUUCCUGGAGGGACUGCAUCAAGGUAAAUACUUCCUGGAGGGACUGCAUCAAGGUAAGGCAAGUCAAGUCGGCACCUCUGAGGUGAAUGUAACAACAGACAUUUCGGUAACGCUACCGAAGGGCUACAGGUAUAAUGCAUUAUGGCGUGCUCAUAAUUAUAAGCCUUGUCAUAAGUAUCUAUGAACUGCUUAGGCCUAUAUUGAGUUAGUAUCAUGACAGUACAGAAUAAAUCAAUGUACUUUUUAGGCUGGUAUGCUGAUUUGCUUUUAAAAAACAACAACCUUGUAUUCUAUCUCUGUCUGUCUCACCCCUCAUAUUCACCCUCAAACGGUUCUCUCUUUCCUCAGGGCGACCAAUGUAAGUUUGAACAUGAGCUGGUUACUCCAGAUAAGAAGAAGGAGCUGUGUAAAUUCUACCUCCAAGGAUACUGCAGUAAAGGAGCCAACUGCAUCUACAUGCACAAUAUCCUUCAAUAUGAAUCACCAACAAGUAUUCUGGAAUUGUCUCUGUCGUUGCAUGGAAUGGCCAAAUCCAUUUUCUAUUAAGUUAAUUCAUGAAGUAAACUGAAAUUCCAAUUCCUCUUUGAUAAGCAAUGGAUUGGAAUUGGAAUUUAAAUGUACUAUCUGAAAUGACUGGAUUGAAAUGGAAUUGACCCCAACCCUGGAAUGAAACCAUUACUCUAACUCUAGAGGGUUCAUGCUUAUCUGAUCAUCUUCAAAUGAGAGGAAUUAGUUGACUUCCCUCAUCUGUUUAGUCAUGAUGACUCAUUGGGUCAGUAGAUGGCCAUCAGAUAUUGACUAGGCUAGCGAUGGAAACAAAUCUCUUCAUAAAUUACUGUGUAAUAUGUGUGUUAUUGUAUGUGAGAGAAGUGAUGUCCUAUAUAGAUAUGCAAUGUAAUAUGUGUACUAAUAUGUGAGUCUAGAGCCCAGAUUUAAACUUUGAUGUAUUCUUUAGAAUUAGAAAAACGUUAUUGUCCACACAAUGUGGAAAUGUGUCUUUGGCUUCACCACAUAAAAACAGACAAUUGUAAUACACUUACUUGCAAUACACUUAUUCCUCCAUACUUGUCCUUGACUUGUGGCAGUACGUGAAUAUCCAUGUAAGUUCUUUCACACUGGAGCCAAGUGUUAUCAGGGAGACAACUGUAAAUUCUCCCAUGAUCCUUUGAAUGACGUGACCAAAGACCUGCUUGAUAAGGUAAGAAAAACGUAGUAAUCAUAAACGGAAAUAAUGUCGGCCUAAACCAGGGCUAGGCAACCCUAUUCCUGGCGUACUGCAGGAUUUUGUUCCAACUAGGCACUAUGCCAGACCAACUGAGCUAAUUGAUCAGUUCAGUGAUUGCUAAAUUCAACACAACUGGUCUUCCAGGUUGGUUAAAUCAAAAACAUGAAGUGCCUGCGGCCCUCCAGGACCAGGGUUGCCUACUCCUGGUCUAAACGUUCUGCGUCUAAAAACCAUUACACUAAGAACUUAGUGAUUGUGCGUGGAUCAAAAUAGUAACAUCUAUCAAAAGUCUAAAUUCUGAACAGUAGUUCACUAGUUCCCUACCCACAGCCACACAGUGAAGAGGAUAGCUUUUGCAUUAGAUUGUUUGGUUCAUUGUGUGUCCUACGAAUCGUCUUCAGAUCAUCAACACAGAGGAGGAGAUCGCCCAUGAAGAUGAGAUGGAGUUGGAGGACCUGAGGAAACAGGGGAUCGCACCCCUGCCUAAACCCCCUCCUGGGGUGGGGUUGCUGCCUACACCGGGCCCCGGUGGUCCAGGGUCUGGAGGUCCUAACCCUGGUCCUGGCCCUGGACCCUCCAGCCCACAGGAGGGGGGAAGCAGUGGGGGGAACUCUGGGGGAAAGAAGAUCCCCUCUCUGUUUGAGAUCGUGGUGAAACCAACAGUGGACCUGGCUCAGAAGAUUGCUCAAAGGUAGCUUUACUUUUACCUGACGUGGUCAUGUUCUCUUCAGUAUAAUGAAAAGUGUUUUUUUGCACAAUUUGUCAGCUACAUGUACAGUACCAGUCAAAAGUUUGGACACACCUACAAACAUUCAAGGGGUUUUCUUUAUUUUUACAUUGUAGAAUAAUAGUGAAGACAUCAAAACUAUGAAAGAACACAUGGAAUCAUAUAGUAACCAAAAAAGUGUUAAACAAAUGUAUUUAAUAUUUGAGAUUCUUCAAAUAGCCACACUUGGCCUUGAUGACAGCGUUGCACACUGAAAUAAUCUGUCUGUAAACAAUUGUUGGGAAAAUUACUUGUGUCAUGCACAAAGUAGAUGUCCUAACCGACUUGCCAAAACUACAGUUUGUUAACAAGAAAUGUGUGGAGUGGUUGAAAAACUAGUUUUAAUGACUCCAACCUAAGUGUAUGUAAACUUCCGACUUCAACUGUAUAUACAGUUGGGAGCAAUUUCCAAACGCCUGAAGGUACAACGUUCAUCUGUACAAACAUAUACAGUUGAAGUCGGAAGUUUACAACACUUACAGUGGGGAAAAAAAGUAUUUAGUCAGCCACCAAUUGUGCAAGUUCUCCCACUUAAAAAGAUGAGAAUUUUGGCCAAAAUGUCAAAAUAUUUGUUAUAUACAUUUUGUCCUUCAUAUUGACGUGUACAUAUGAAAAUUCUCUUCACUUUAAGGGGAGAAAGCUUGGAAAGUUCCAGAAAAUGAUGUCAUGGCUUUAGAAGCUUCUGGUAGGCUAAUUGACAUCAUUUGAGUCAAUUGGAGGUGUACCUGUGGAUAUAUUUCAAGGCCUACCUUCAAACUCAGUGCCUCUUUGCUUGACAUCAUGGGAAAAUCAAAAGAAAUCAGCCAAGACCUCAGAAAAAAAAUGGUAGACCUCCACAAGUCUGGUUCAUCCUUGGGAGCAAUUUCCAAACGCAGCCUUCAUACCGCUCAGGAAGGAGACGCGUUCUGUCUCCUAGAGAUGAACGUACUUUGGUGCGAAAAGUGCAAAUCAAUCCCAGAACAACAGCAAAGGACCUUGUGAAGAUGCUGGAAGAAACAGGUACAAAAGUAUCUAUAUCCACAGUAAAACGAGUCCUAUAUCGACAUAACCUGAAAGGCCGCUCAGCAAGGAAAAAGCCACUGCUCCAAAGCAGCCAUAAAAAAGCCAGACUACGGUUUGCAACUGCACAUGGGGACAAAGAUCGUACUUUUUGGAGAAAUGUCCUCUGGUCUGAUGAAACAAAAAUAGAACUGUUUGGCCAUAAUGACCAUUGUUAUGUUUGGAGGACAAAGGGGAAGGCUUGCAAGCCGAAGAACACCAUCCAACCGUGAAGCACGGGGGUGGCAGCAUCAUGCUGUGGGGGUGCUUUGCUGCAGGAGGGACUGGUGCACUUCACAAAAUAGAUGGCAUCAUGAGGAAGGAAAAUUAUGUGGAUAUAUUGAAGCAACAUCUCAAGACAUCAGUCAGGAAGUUAAAGCUUGGUCGCAAAUGGGUCUUCCAAAUGGACAAUGACCCCAAGCAUACUUCCAAAGUUGUGGCAAAAUGGCUUAAGGACAACAAAGUCAAGGUAUUGGAGUGGCCAUCACAAAGCCCUGACCUCAACCUAUAGAAAAUGUGUGGCCAGAACUGAAAAAGCAUGUGCGAGCAAGGAGGCCUACAAACCUGACUCAGUUACACCAGCUCUGUCAGGAGGAAUGGCCAAAAUUCACCCAACUUAUGUGGAUUGUGGAAGGCUACCAAUUUUGACCCAAGUAUUAAGCAAUGCUACCAAAUACUAAUUGAUGGAUGUAAAUGUCUGACCCCGGGAUGUGAUUAAAAAAUAAAAGGAAAUAAAUCCUCUCAUUAUUCUGUUUCACAUCUUAAUAGUGGUGAUCCUAACGACCUAGACGGGAUUUACUAGAUAAUGUCAGAUGGGAAAACGAGUUUAAAUGUAUUUGUGCUAGUGAUGUAACUCGACCAACUGUAUAUAUAUAUAUAUAUACACACACACUCACACACUGAGUGUGAAAAACAUUAGGAACACCCGCUCUUUCCAUGACAUAGACUGACCAGGUGAAUCCAGGUGAAAGCUAUGAUCCCUUAUUGAUGUCACUUGUUAAAUCCACUUCAAUCAGUGUAGAUGAAGGGGAGGUUAAAGAAGGAUUUUUAAGCCUUGAGACAAUUGAGACAUGGAUUGUGUAUGUGUGCCAUUCAGAGGGUGAAUGGGCAAGACCAAAUAAUGUAAGUGCCUUUGAACGGGGUAUGGUUGUAGGUGCCAGGCACACCGGUUUGUGUCAAGAACUGCAACGCUGCUGGGUUUUUCACACUCAACAGUUUCCCGUGUGUAUCAAGAAUGGUCCACUACCCAAAGGGGGGUGCAACUCUAUAUUAGGAAGGUGUUCUUAAUGUUUUGUUUACUCUGUGUAUUAUGCCAUUAAAUUUGAUUUUAAAAAUCCCCUGAAUUAAUUAAUGUUUUUAUUUGGCAUUGCAGUGGAUCCAACUUCAACUCUCAGUCUGGAGGCCAGUUCCAGAGUGAUGAGUUUGGUGGAGGUGGUCCCGAUGACAACAUGCAGCAGAGUGGACCCAAUGGCCCACCCCCUGUCCCCCCUCCGGGGUCUCCCCCUGGCUCCAUGGGGGGUCCCCCUCCUCCCUAUCCAUCCCACGCUGGGCCACCAAUGCAGCAACAGCAGAGCCCCCCUGGACAGCACCCCCAACACCAACCACCCCAUGGGUUCCCCAUGCCACCACCUCCAGGUAACUACUAGCUUAACCCGUGUAGCUCAGUUGGUAGAGCAUGGCGCUUGCAAUGUCAGGGUUGUGGGUUCGAUUCCCACGGGGGGCCAGUAUGAAAAUGUAUGCACUCACUAACUGUAAGUCGCUCUGGAUAAGAGCGUCUGCUAAAUGAUUAAAAUGUAAAUGUAAAAAAUACUAGCUACUAGCUUUCUUCUCUUCAUAUUGGGUUCUCUCAAUGCAUCUGUAAAACCUCUCAUUUGCUGUUUAUUCCUGCCUCCAGGUCCGCCACCGCCCUUCCUGGGUCACCGACCCAAUAUGAACUUGAACCCCAAUAUGAACGUGAACCUUCAGAGGCCACCUCCACCAUUCCCUCCCUUCCCAGACCCCAUGCAGAUGCUUCAGAACAUGAACGUGCCGUUCCAAGCCAUGGGAGCCGUGGGCCAAAAUCCUGCAGAGUUCUUUAACAACUUCUUCAGGAACCAGGCUCAGGCCAUGGGCCAGGGAGGUUGGUUUUACAAUGAUACAUGGAUGAAUGUAUUUUUAUUGUAAGCAGAUAAUAGCGAUCAAUUUGUUAUGUCAAGGAUUUAAUUAUUUACAGUAUGUAGGUUUUCAGUCUAAAUGCUCCAAGCAAUGACCAUAGUCUAUUCUGUUGUGUUCCAACGUUCCCUUUUUUAUAUUCAGUUCUUUCGAUGUGAUAGCAGAUGUUGAUUAAUUAAAACCGCUCAUUCUCUGCAUAUUCCUCCUUACAUCUCCCCACCUCCUCUCUCCAGUAGACAUGGGUAUGCCUUUCAGUCAGAACACCUCCCAACAGCAGGGGAGCGCUGACUCCCAAAUGCUGUCCCAGAUGCAGGGCCUACCCCCUGCAGUACAGAAGGCUCUGUUCCUACACCUACAGCAGCAGCAACAGCAGGGCAGUGAGCCACAAGGUUUUGAGGAACAAGGUGGCAAGACCCCCAAAGGUGAGUGUGAAGGAUUAUCUAGACUUACAGCAAAGUAAAACAGUCUUGUACUCAUCAGCAAACAUUACCAUUUAAUAACUAGGGUACACAUUUCACAGAUAUUGCUCAAUAUGCUUGGUAAUACUUCAAUCAUGCUUAUACUGUAUAAUCAUCAUGAACAUAACGUACAUGCUCUACACCAGGCUUCCCCAACUGGUGGCCCGCGGGUGGUUUUAUUUGGCCCCCCAAUAUUUGUUUUAUAAAUUUUUCAUAAAUGGACAUAAAAUACUAUAUAAAAACACCAGGAAAUCAGCUCCAAGUUAUUUUAAUUUAAGAAAUCUAUUCCCAAGUAUUCCCACACAUAAGAGAGACACGUGAUCGUAUACAAAUGUAAGCAAGGUUUUAAAUGAUUAUGUUUUAGUCAAACAUUAUAUAUGUUUGGGCUUCUUGCGGUUAAUUUGCAGUCUACAAAUUAUUUGUAAUUAUGUUCCGGCCCCCCGACCAUCCACUCAAGAAAAAAUCGGCCCCCGGCUGAAUCUAGUUGAUGAUCCCUGCUCUACACGUUUCAGAUGACUCUACUAACUGGUACUCCAGUGAUGAAGAGGAUGGGAACUGCGUCACGGCCAUCCUCAAGUCUCUGAAGAAACAGAAUGAGAAGCUCCAGCAGGGGCCACAGUCCACCAAACACCCCUCAGGCCCCCAGUUGACCCCUGGAGACCCCAGGCUGCAGAAGGAGCGGGCCCCACCCAGCGACCCCCGUAUGAAGGCAGCAGACCCCCGACAGAGACCACCAGACAACAUGAGGAAAGAGCCCGACUCCAGCGGGGGCCCCAGACAGGCCAGGGACCCCAGGAAGGUAUAGAUAUCUAGCCUACUGUUUAAUACCGGUGCAUGUCUGUUGUUGUUACUUUGUAUUGAGCUUGUAUGCUGCAAAAUCAAUCUCCUCUUUGAUGACAUUAAAGUGUUGAAAUCUAAUCUAAUCUAAGGUGAGGCCCCUAGAGCCACCCAAUUCCUUCAAACCAGAGCUCCACCACCAUCGCCAGCAGCAGCACCACAAUAAGGCUCCAGCCAGAGAGGAGGAUGAGGAUGGAGAGAGGGAGCUCAGAGAGAGGGCUGCACUCAUCCCGUUAGAUCCCUGCCCAGGUAUAACACUAAUAUUUUAAAGCCUAUUUUUAUUUUUAACACUACUACGGUUGUUGUUUUCUAGCCUAGUAUUUCAUCCUUUUUAUAUUUGGAUUCAUCAUACAAUUCAGAGUCCUACUGAUGUCUGCCAUGUGAAUGAAAUUAAAUAGAAUAGAAUAUAAAACGUUGUUGUCCAUAACAAUAUUUCGUAAAAUUUUAAUUUCAUUAACUUUUCACUUUAGGGGUGAUGCUCCGCGACCCGCGCUGCCAGCUUCAGCAGUUCAGCCACAUCCGUGUAGACGUUGUGUUACAGCGCCCGGCCUACGCCUCGACCGUGGUCUGGUCAGCUGAGGACCUCAUCCCCUCACUGGUGCCCAAACAGGAGCACUCCAUCAAUCUACCUCUACCGCCCCUCAUCGCCGACGCACAGAUGAACCGAACCAACAAUAGGACCAGGACAUUAUCCCCUGACCACUCCACCAUAACCAACUCCACCACCCCUCCACACAUGGACCCUCGCCUGGUCGCUGCCCGCCUGAAGGAGGGUGUGCUGGGUGUGGGGGUUGGACUAGGCAGGCUCCCCUCCAGGACACUGGAGCCCAGGGGGUCAACAGAGAGGUUGUUGGAUCCCAGGCAACACAAGGCCCUGGGUGUGGACCCCCGGAUAGGUCGGUCAGGUAGUGUGGAGUCUAAGCUCCCUAUCCUGAGGGAGACUGGGGGAGGAGGUGGUGCUGGAGGAGACCCCAGGUUGCAGAGGAGCAGUGCUAGUGGAGCCUCUUCCUCGUCUUCCUCCAAAACCACUGCGUUAACAUUAUCAGCCCCAGCGCCAGCUCCAUCUAAACCUGAGGCUGAGAAGCCAGAGAAGCUGUGUCCGUACGCCCCAGGGCGUCUGUCCUCCUCCGGUGGAGGGUUAGAGAGCCCCACCACCUCCACCCUGCUAGGAGGCAUCAGCCUCUAUGACCCCAGAAACCAGGCACCGCAGCUGGGCCAGCGGGACGAGACAGAGCCCCCGAGGAAGACUGGGAUCCUCAAACUACCAGCCAAGAGAGAAAACAACACUAACACUAAAACUCCACCAUCAUCCUCGCUCUCGCCAACCCAGCGGUCUGGAGGGUCCGUUACCACACAGGAUGUCAAGGGGGGUACCGAGAGCACCGUGGAUGGAUCUGGGUCCAAAAGUCGUCCACCUCCUACCCUCUCCUCUGCUCCCACAGUGACAACGUCAGGGUCAGAGCCCCCCAGCUCCCCAGUCAAACCCUCCGCCCCCGCAGUCCACCACCUACCCAUCCAGGCCCUAGCAGGCUUGAUCAGGCCCUCCUACACAGACCCCAGACAGGCCAAACAGGUAGAGAAGGAGGCCAAGCAGCAGCAGGAGGAGAAGGAGGAGAAGGAGGAGAAGGAGGAGGGAGGAGGAGAAGGGAGAAGAGGAGGAGAAGGAGGAGACAGAAGACGAUAG